CGGGACAACUAUCACCCAUCUUUGGACCUAGAUUGAACUCCUCAAGUUGCCAAGAGCAUAUGGUGCAAGGUUACACCAUCACAGCGAUGCCUCCUCUUCUAUGGACAAAUAAAUGGCUGCUAGUCUCGAAUCAGGUAGUAAUAGGGGUUUGUAUUGUUCCAUUUCGCCUGCGAAAUGACGGCAUAUCUUUUCCCGUUGACGGGGAUGUAGUCUCACCCACUCGUUUUUGUCUAUCGCUCUUGACUGUGUAACACAUCAACCCCUUUAACCAAGCAAAUAUACCGAGUCUUGUCCAGAUACAACAAACACAAUGUCUCAACCACUCGGCCCCUUCAAGCUCGUCACCGUCAACACGGCCCCCGAGCGCGCCUAUCGGCUCAUCGGCCGGGUUGUGGAGAAUGUCAAGGACAAGUACACCAUCAUCCACGCUGGCAAUGCAGAGAGCAUUGACAAAGUAAAAGAAACUGUCGAGGCAGCUCAGCCCAACGUCCUGUUCACUGCCUCCAUGUGGACCCCCGAGCAAGCAGCCGAGAUCAUCGCCAUCGCCAAAGAAAUCGUCCCAGACCUCAAGACUUUCUCCCUGCCUCAGGGGUUGCAGGUGGACAAGGGGCCUGACGCGGUGGUGGAGUACAUCGAGGAGAAUUUGCCUGGUUUGCUUGAGUAGAUUUGCUUGAUUGGAUGCUAUCCAGGGUAUAGACUGAUAGAGAGUACCAGCAAGAGCUUAUAUGAGACGAAAAUAACCAUGGGAUGUCACCUCCUACCCCCUACCCCCCAACCCCCCAUCAUCUCCUCUUGCCGCAGCCUCACCAUCUUCUCCCACCUCAAACCAUGCUCCUGCCUCACCAUCUCCAGGAUCUCCUUUUCCGCCCGGACUCUAUCAACCUCCUCCAUCAACCUCUGCCCCUCGGCAACUCUAUCAACAUUCUCCUGGGCCAAAACCCGCGCCUCCAUCAUAAUCUGAUCAGCCUCCCUUUCCAACCUAACCUUUAUUAUCCCUCCCCCGCGCGAGAACCUGCGCCUCCAUCAGGUUCGCGAGAACCUCCCCCUCCAACUUGACCCUCUCCAUCCUCAUCUUAGUAAUCUCCUCGUCCAACUAAACCCUCCUAACCUCCCUCUCCAUCCUUAUGGUGGUAACCUCCUCCUCCAACCUCACCCUCUCCAUUCUCGCCCUGGCAAUCUCCUCAACAAUCCUAACCCCCUGCCUCUCUUUAUUAUCCCUUUCAGGCCUCAAAAUCUUGUGCUUGAGCUUAAUAUUCUUAUUCUUGUAGCGCUCCCUCUCCAAUCCAAGACUCGACUUUUCUGCUCGGCGGGCCCUCUUUUCAAAUUUUUUGACGCUCUAUUCCCACCUCGAGGCUGCUGCUUUUCCAGCUUGAGUGCCCGUUUUUUUUUUCUCCGUGAGCAGUCGACGACGGGGGUGUUUUUGGCUUGGUGGCGGUGUUCUUCCACCGCGAGCAGGCAAUGCGUGGAGAUUUUUUGUUCGUGAUGGGCGAACGAGAAGGGAGGGCGGCGGCCGGGAGCGGUGUGUGUUUGGAGGUCAUAAUGGUUAUUAGUGUUGGAAAGAGAAGAAAAGAGUG